AUGGCGGUUCCGGCCUCCAAGCGCGCCAAAGUUCAUUUAACCUCGGCGCACAAAAGUCAAAAGGAUUCUGCAGCUGUCAUGGAGUCGGAGGACGAUUUUGUAAACAGCGACUUUGAUGAGGAGGAAGAGGAGGACUUCUCUGCCGAUGACCACUCCGAUGACCACUCCGAUGACCACUCUGAUGACGAGGACGUAGCGGAUGUGCAUCUUCUGCCCAACCCAAGCAAGCAACCGUGCUCGCGAACCCCAGAGGAGAUCUUGCAGAACAUAUAUGCCUUUCGUGAUCGCAUUGUCGAGGUUGGCGGUGUCACGCCCGAUCAAGCCAUGGCGCUGCUUCAAGCACAUGGUUGGAGCACCGAGCGGUCGCUGACCGCGCUCUUUAGUGCGACAGACGCUGCCUUUCGCGCUGCAUGUUUACCGGCACCAUCGGCAGCCGAUUCGGGCACUGGGUCACAGACGGCGGCGGAAGAGUGUUGCGUCUGUUCCGAUGAAGAUUGCGAGCUUCAUGCUCUCUGCGGCUGCAGCCAUAAAGCGUGCAUGUCCUGCUGGGAGACGUACUGUCAGGAGGCGGCCAUCAAAGGACUCAUCGAGAGCUACGUUCAGCAACAGCCCAGUCUCAAGUGGUGCCCCACGCCCAAUUGCAAUACAGUGGUGGAGCGGCGAUUUGCGGAGAGCGACGCAGAAGCGCAAGACCAGAGCGUGACAUGUGGCGUCUGCAAUGAAGUCUUUUGCUUUGCAUGUGGCGUCUUUCACGUCCCUGCUACCUGCGAGAUGAUGCGCGAGUUCCAGACUGCAAGCAAGGUGGAUGGCAGCGCCGUUGAUUGGCUCAGCUCCAUUCAAGCCAAGCCGUGUCCAAAGUGUGACACCUUCAUCGAGAAGGCAGGCGGUUGCAACUGGCUUAUGUGUCGCCAGUGCGGCCACGGCUUUUGUUGGCUCUGUGGCGAGACCAUUCAGCAUCGCGAGAUAGAUGCGGCGGGCGGUACACAUCGUUGCAAUAUCUUCAAAGAAACGGGCAAACUUCCCCCGGGCUGGAUUCUUCAAAAUAAAGCUGCGGUCCCGGAAAAGCCAAAUCGCGACUCGCUUCGUUUCAUCCAUUACUACUCGCGCGCUCGGUCCCAUGAGGAGAGCUUGAUUCGUGAACAGGCGCGCGGAGAACUGUUGAAGCAAAAUACCGUCGAGUGGCAGCUUCGGGAGCUUCAAGAGACAGCGCUGCGGGAGCUUCGGCGCGCCCGCUUGGCUUUGCAAGCCUCGUAUGUUUUUGCUCUCUACAAGGUCUGGGCGGCCGACGACCUGCAGCAACACAUCUUUGAGGACCUCCAGCACAUGCUGGAGAGCCGAACCGAGAAUCUGAGUAUUAUCCUUGAAGAUUCUUUAAAGGGGGAUAUCAAGGUGGAAAAUCUCCGUGAGCAGAUGCUCGGUGGCAUUGAUGCUGUCAAGAUCAAUCUAAAGAACCUGGUCAAUUCGGGGCAUGUACCCAACUCGAGUACAGCCGCGCAUGGAGCCAGUGCCUCAGCAGCGACAGGAGGGAUGCCGACAUUUGCUGCCAGCCAUAAUGUUCAUGCUCGCGGAGGUGAUGCAUAGUGGGGGCCGAGGCUUUGACAAAACCUCAUUUUAAUGAAACGUGUGCAUAGUCGGAGUCUUGUGGACUCGGGCGCUUCCUUUGCUUUCUUAAUGCAUCUAGCUUCGAAGUAUUUUCAUGACAGUAUGCUGUCACUUGCAAAAUCGAGAUGAGUGAUAGCUC